CACUCCCACUCAGUAUUCCAUACAUAUUCACAGUUUCACACAGUGUAUCGUGUCCAUUCUCCUCCCUUUUUGUCCCUUCUCUAUUUUCCAAGUUCCAGUCGAAACUAUGCAUUACCAGACGGAGUCGUGGGGAUCUUACAUGCCGACCAGGAGCGUCGGUGACCCACUGGAGCGAGUGGAAAGGCUGGCCUCAGAGAAUGCUGUUGUAAUCUUCAGCAUCAGCACUUGUUGCAUGUGCCACGCUAUUAAGAGGCUAUUCUGUGGGAUGGGUGUCAACCCAACUGUUUACGAGCUCGACGAAGACCCAAGAGGGAAGGAGAUGGAGAAGGCUCUAAUGAGGCUGUUGGGUAGUUCUUCUGCGGUUCCGGUUGUUUUCAUCGGAGGAAAGCUUGUCGGAGCCAUGGACAGAGUGAUGGCAUCUCAUAUUAAUGGGACCUUGGUACCACUUCUCAAGGAAGCUGGAGCGCUCUGGCUCUGAGUUAGAUGAGAGUCAAGAGGAGAGAUUCCCAGAGGCAGAGAAAGAAAAGGAAACUCUGAUAAAUUGGAAAGAAGGGGGGAGUAGGUUUGUUUUGUCUCCUCCAUUUUGGACACACUAAUGUUUUUCUUUCCCUCUUGACCUAGGCUUUCUUUUCAUUUUCUUCAUCUGGGCUUCUUUUUUUUUUCUUUAUUUCCGGUUCCUUUUUUAUUAUGGAUGUUGCAGAGAGAAAUGUAUUUGCUCCCUCCUCUGUAUAGAAAGAAAAAGAAAUGAAAAAAAAAAGGGUUAUUAUUUGUGUUUCGAUCAUCUC